GAAGGAGGGAGGGAAGGAGGGAGGGGCCGCUUGCCCGCCAGCAGCAUGGCGGCCGGGCGCGAGUCUCCGCCGCCGCCGCCGCUGCUGCCUCCUCCUCCUCCUCCUCUUUCUCCCUUCCCUUCCCUCCUCCUCCUUCUUGGCCCCCUUGCCAGCCCCCUCCCCUAUUAAGAGGCCAGAGAGAGAGAGAGGCUGACAGACAGACAGACCGGACGACUGCCUGGCCGACGGAGGGAGAGGGAGAGACGGGGGAAGGUCCCUCGGCGGCCAUGGAGCUGGCCAAGCCGGCCUUCCCGGCGCUGCCGCAGCCCAAGGAGGACUCCGAGGACUGGACAUAUCCAAUGAGAAGAGAGAUGCAGGAGAUUUUACCUGGGUUGUUCCUGGGCCCGUAUUCUUCAGCUAUGAAAAGCAAGCUACCUAUACUUCAGAAGCAUGGAAUCACCCAUGUAAUAUGCAUAAGGCAGAAUAUUGAAGCAAACUUUAUUAAACCAAACUUCCAGCAGUUAUUUAGGUAUUUAGUCUUGGACAUUGCAGAUAAUCCCAUUGAAAAUAUAAUAAGAUUUUUUCCAACGACUAAGGAGUUUAUUGAUGAGAGUUUACAAACUGGAGGGAAAGUUCUUGUCCAUGGGAACGCAGGGAUUUCCAGAAGUGCUGCCUUAGUUAUUGCAUAUAUUAUGGAAACAUUUGGAGUGAAGUACAGGGAUGCAUUUACAUAUGUGCAAGAAAGAAGGUUUUGUAUUAAUCCCAAUGCUGGAUUUGUUCAUCAACUUCAGGAAUACGAAGCCAUCUAUCUAGCAAAGUUAACUAUCCACAUGAUGUCACCGCGACAGCUGGAACGAUCACUAUCUGUUAGUACAGGAAGUCUGAAACGUACUCAUGAAGAGGAUGAAGAAAUUGCCAAUAUGCAAGCAGCAGCUCAGAAUGGUUGAAACCAAGGGCACCUUGGACUUGCUGUUUGGGAAUUUUUACCUGUGGCAGCUGCUAAUCUCUGCAAGAUGAACAACCAGAUGUACUUUCUUUAAAAGGGGAGAAGAGUCCAACUUCCUUAUGCAAACCUGCCCCUCCAGUAGCACACCAGGCGACAUUUUAAAGGUAUUGGAUCCCUUGACUGACUACAUGGCACUGAUUGUUUUACUCCUCUCUUUUGUUUUUUACACUUUAUAGUUUUACCCUAAACCAAGACUUUGGACUUGCAAAGAGGUAUUACUGCAAUAAUGCACUUUUCAUACUUGAAAAUUUCUUUAUUUGUAUUGAUAAAAUUAUUACUUAAGCAAAAUGCAAGGGAGGGAUGAUUUGUUUAUAAAGUUUUGUGUAAUUUAUAACAAGAGUAUUUAGUAAAAAAACAAAACAAAACAAAUUCCUGAAAUUCA